AUGAAGGAGCAAAGAUCAAAGAUCAAGGAAGAGAUCAACAAAGAGGAAAUCAUCAAGAGAAGACCAAACACGAAUUGCGUCGACCCCACCCACAUAGACCCGCCCCAACCUGGACUUAACGCCUACAGAUCCGCGCCUCCCCAACCCACUCUCGCUCUGCUGCCUGAGGAACUUGGGCUCGGUCCCGGCCAAUUCGAUCAACAACUCAAAAGCCUCCUGCGCCGUGGCCUCGUUGUCGUUGUUCAAAGCCUCCAUCACCAUCCUCAUCAUCACUGUAAUCUUAAUUCAGACAUGGGUAAAGAGGAAAGCCCAAAAACCACAAGGAGAACAACCAGAUCCUCCGCUGCAGCUACUUCUUCAAAGAAUGUAGUUGAAGAAACUUAUGUAAGUAGUUCUCAGCCGCCAACUCUCAGUGACCUUGUGCUUGGAGAAGAAAGAGAAUCCUUUAGCUUGGAUGAUCUGUUGUCUAGUUUUCCUGGUAGACGUAAUCAGAUCCAGGAGCUUCUACAGCUUCUGGGUCCACGGAACUCUCCCAUGCUUCCUAUCUUUGUAUAUGGAGGCAUUUCUACCGGGAAAACUAGUAUGGUACUGGAGACAUUUAGGCAUCUUAAACGUCCUUUUGUUUAUUCAAGCUGCCUUAGCUGUUAUAAUCCCAGAAUCUUGUUUGAGUCUGUUUUGAAUCAACUGUUUCUUCACCGAAAGAAUGCAGUAAAUGGAUAUUCAAGUGCAAAGCGCUGUGAAAGCCCAUCUGAUUUUGUUAAUUUUCUUCGCGAAGCCUUGGUUAGCAUUCUUGGUAAUCUUGAGGGAAACUCGGGGAAAUUAAGCUCCAAAAGGUCAGGAAAGGCUAAUGGAAAUAUGAUCUACUUGAUAUUUGACAAUUUGGAGCGUGUUAGAGGAUGGGAAAAAGGUUCUACCAUAUUACCUUUACUAUUUAAUCUCUAUGACAUUCUGAAAAUGCCUGAGGUCACUCUUAUCUUUAUUAGCAAUGCCUCACCGGAUACAUAUUACUCAAGUAUGGGUUAUGUGGAGCCUAUCUCUAUAUAUCUUCCUGAUUAUACUCAAGAUGAUCUUCAGCAAAUCUUCUUGAGAAACCAAGCAAACAAAAAACUUUAUGCCUCUUUUCUUAGUGUCGUGCUAAGGCCUUUCUGUAGAAUUACCAGACGGGUGGAUGAAUUGUCUCCUGCCUUUUCACUAUUAUUCACAAAAUAUUGUGAGCCCGUUUCAUCUCAUCCAUCCACUGAAGUUGAAGUUAGGGAGACAAAAGGAAAGGGCAGCACAAGGAAAUUUGGAGAUUGCGAGGUUGAUCAAUUAGAUUUCCAUAUGCCUACUUCUGCCAAGUAUCUCCUUAUUUCAGCAUUCCUUGCUUCAAGAAACCCAGCUACCCUUGAUGCAUCAUUGUUCGAUUCCACAGGAGGUUCUAAUAGUCGCAAACGAAGGAGGAAGGCCUCGGAGAAGUCAGUGGAACAGAAGGAAACUGCAGAACAGGAAUUACUUCUGAAUCCUGGAACAUUUCCAAUGGAGAGGUUAUUAGCCAUAUUUCAGUGUAUUACUUCUAUAGGGGAAGGUUCUCUUGAUGAGGAGAAGAAGGAUAUGAUGGGUUAG